AUGAAAGGAUUUUUAGAUGACUACGAGAAAGUGUCAGGUCAGAAGAUUAAUUUGGCUAAGUCUCAAAUUUUCUUUAGUUCUAACUGUUCUGAAGAAAUUCAAGAUCAAUUGAAAAAUUAUAUAGGUGUUAGGGCAGUUUCGAGUAAGGAAAGGUAUUUGGGUCUGCCUACUAUGGCGGGGCGGAAGAAGAAAGAGGCUCUUCAGAGGAUCUACGAUAGUUUGAGAAUAAUAGUGAACGGGUGGGGGAGCCAGAUGCUUUCCCAAUGGGGUAAAGAAGUCUUCAUCAAAGCUGUGUUACAUGCCAUACCGACUUAUUCCAUGUCUUCUGUUCUUCUUCCGAAGUACAUGGCAAGGUCAACUUGCCGUUUUGGUGAAAGGAGGGCUGGCGGUGACAGACCUCCGGCGUGGUGCGCUGAAGGUGCACAUGGGGUAGCAGCGGCGCGAGGCAAGGCAGGGAACCCUAGGGUUCCUUGA